UGCGGCUCAUGCAGUUUUGAUGAGAAGCCAGAGAAGCGACGUAAGAACGAUCUCUUCUAACGUUUCUCAUGUGGUAGACGUGAAUUGUGAAUGUUAAUGUCCACAGAAUUCCUUGACCUUGAAGAGACACAGGAAUGUGAAAGAUACUUCAGAUUUUUUAAAAGAUUAUAAAGGAACCUAAGAUUUUCGUUUGCAACAUAUAGUUUCUUCUGAAGAGUAUCCAUCAGCUGGCAUCAAACGAGCAGAAUGAAUUGUUGCUUAUUCCUACAUUUGAUGUUGGGAAUUCCCCUCCUACGGCCUUGCCUUACAGCAACAGAAAGCUCUAAAACAGAGGAGGCAAAGCACCCAGAAGGGUCUCAUCUGAAACUGAAGAGUGGCUGGAUUUGGAACCAGUAUUUUGUAGAAGAGGAAAUGAAUAUCACUAGAAAGAUCAUUGGCCGGCUGAGCUCAAAUAUGCACAAUGGAUCCAAGUCUUUGGAGUACAGGAUUUCAGGAGAUGGAGCCAACAGUAUUUUUUUUGUUGAUGAAAAAACAGGUGUCUUAUCUGUGGCACAGAAGCUGGAUAGAGAAAAACAGGCCUUCUACAAUCUGAAAGCCCAUUUAAUAGACUGCACUACUGGAAAGGCUGUGGAAUCUGAAUCUGACUUUGUUGUCAAAGUUACAGAUAUCAAUGACAAUGCACCAAAAUUCCUACAUGAACCUUAUGCGGCCAUUGUACCAGAGAUGUCUCCAGAAGGGACAUUCGUCAUCCAGGUGACAGCAAGUGAUGCUGAUGAUCCUUUAUGUAAUAAUAAUGCUCGUCUUGUAUACGAGUUACUACAUGGCCAACCAUAUUUCUCCAUUGAGCCAACAACAGGAGUUAUAAGAACAUCUUCUAAAACAGAUAGAGAGCUGCAAGAUUCAUAUUGGGUAACUGUUCAAGCCAAAGACAGGAUUGGUCUGCCUGGAGCACUGUCUGGAACAACGAGGGUAUUAAUUACACUUUCUGAUAUUAAUGACAACAUCCCUACAUUUAAAAAAGGCUUAUACCGCAUGAAUGUCUCCGAAUCUGCACCCAUUGGUACUUCUGUAGGAACAAUCAUGGCACAUGAUAGGGACAUAGGAAAGAAUGCAGAAAUGGAUUACAGCAUUGAAAAUGAUGAAUCACAAACAUUCGACAUCAUUACUAAUAAUGAGACCCAAGAAGGCAUUGUUAUAUUGAAAAAGAAAGUGGAUUAUGAGCAACAGACCUACUAUAAUAUUAGAGCAAAAGUUAAAAACAGCCAUGUUGAUGAGCAGCUCAAGAAGUAUCACACUGUGGCUUCCACCACUUUUAUUAGGGUCCGGGUGGAAGAUGAAGAUGAACCUCCUGUCUUCCUCCUUCCGUAUUACAUAUUUGAGAUCUUUGAAGGAAGCCCACAGGGAUCGUCGGUGGGUGUGGUCUCUGCCAUAGACCCAGAUGACAACAGAAGUCCUAUCAGGUAUUCUAUUACCAAAAGCAACACGUUCCAAAUUGAUGACAAUGGCACCAUCAUCACAACUUACCCUCUUGACAGAGAGAUGAGUGCUUGGUGCAACCUCAGCAUUACAGCCAGAGAACUAUAUAAUGAAGAACAGAUUUCUGAAGUCCCUGUGUAUGUACAGGUUCUUGAUAUUAAUGAUCAUGCUCCUGAGUUCCCUGAAUUUUAUAAGAUUUACGUUUGUGAAAAUGCAAGCUCUGGUCAGGUGAUUCAGACCAUCAGUGCAGUGGAUAAAGAUGACUCCAUAGAAAGUCCAAAUUUUUAUUUUAAUUUAUCUGUGGAAGACACAAAGAACUCUAAAUUUACAAUCAUAGAUAAUCAAGAUAACACAGCUGUAAUUUUGACUAAUAGAACUGGUUUCAGCCUUCAAGAAGAGCCUGUCUUCUACAUAUCCAUCUUAAUUGCCGACAAUGGUAUCCCAGCCCUUACAAGUACAAACACCCUUACCAUCCAAGUCUGUGACUGUGGUGACAGUGGCAGAAUAGAGAUCUGCCACAGUAAAGAUAUGCUACUCAUGGAACCCAGGACAGAGAUCAUGACUGCUGUUCUGAUAUGCGCUGUGAUAAUAAUACUUGGGUUUAUUUUUAUGAUCCUACAUCUACAACAACGAAGAAAACAGACUCUAUUUCCUGAGAAAAGUAAAGAUUGCAGAGAGAAUAUAUUCAAAUAUGAUGAUGGGGGGACAGGAGAAGAAGAUACGGAGGCCUUUGCUGUUGGAGAGCUGAGAUGCAGCACCUUCAUGAGGGAACCUCGGACUCGGAAAACCAGAUCUGCAGAGAUUAGGAGCUUGUGCAGGAUGUCAUGGCAGCUUGGCCCAGAUGAUGCUGUAAUCAAGGAAUUCAUCCUAGAAAAGCUAGAAGAAGCUAACACUGAUACUUACGCUCAUCCUUUGGACUCCCUCCAGACCUAUGCCUUUGAGGGAACAGGGUCAUUAGCUGGAUCCCUGAGCUCCUUAGAGUCAUCAGCCUCUGGUGAGAAUGAAAAUUUUGAUUGCUUUCAUGAUUUGGAACUUCCCUUUCAAAUAUAAGUAUGUAUGUUUGGUUCUGCUAUACAGUCAAAUAAUUAGGGCUUGGGGGUACAGGGGAGGGUUGGGUGUAAAAGGUGAAAGCAUUAAGGGGGGAGGGCACAGACAACUGUAUGAUGAUUACCAGGGGAAAAGGAGGGUGGGUGAGGUAGAAUGGGGGAUAAAUGGUGGCAGAAAGAGUCUUGACUCUGGGUGGUAAGCGCAUGAUGCAGUGUGCAGAUGAUGUAUUACACAACUAUACAGCUGAAACCAGUAUGGUUUUAUUCACCAAUGUCACCCCAAUAAGUUUAAUCAAAAUAAAAGUUUUAAAAUGCUAAUGUGUUUUGAGGCAAACUGGGAGGCUCUUGGUAAAGAGUUGUAGGUUUCAUUUCUCUGAGAGAAAAAUAAGACCUGAGUUAUAGUGUUUUCUGAUUUCCUUGGAGCAAAUACUCAUGGUUAUUUCAUACUAGCCACAUGUUGUCACUGAAUAAUGACAAGGAGAAAAAUGCCAGUGCAAGGCACCUUAAGCACUGCGCUGGCAUAUUCUCCUAGCAUUUCCCUCCCAUACCAUCCAAUACAAAUUCUCAACAUUUUUGAAUGUUUAAUGUGGGAAAGGCACUAAACCUAGAGUAUCUUAAUAUUAUUUCAUUUAUGCAUUUCUUAAAUCUUACCAAGUAAGAGUAAAGUAUACGUGUGUGUUAAGUUCCUGAUACUAUACACAGAUAAACUUAAACACCUAGGAGAAUCUGAGUAAUCGUAUGAAACUUGAAAAACUAUUUCAUUUACAUAAAUAAGCAAGUUUAUUAAAAGGAUUCUAUGAUUCAUUCUAGUUUGAUAUUUUUAAAUCUUUGUCAAGACCACAUUUUAAAACUGAUUUCACAUUUACACAGCUAAUCUGUAUAUGCUAAUUAAUCAAA